CGUCGCCCAACGUUACACUGCCGGUCACACUGAUCGGACCGCAUAAUUGCAUAAUUGUAAAUAAAAACAUGUUGCAGGUGUGGAGAGCAAUACGCGGCGGUCAGCCGGCAAGGGCGCUGUCAGCCUUGACUAGUAAUAACAUAAAACUGGAAUUGGAACCCGAGACGGACAAACUCUAUAGCAAACUGGAAAUAGAGCUGCGCGGGAUUGAUCCUGCAGUUCUUAAGAGUUACACCUGGUUUGCAACAACAGCAGCAGGUCAUUUAAAUAUUGAGACCGGCAAGUGUUGGUCGCCUCGUAAAGCCCACCAUGAUCGCAUGACCCUUUUGAAAUCAGUGCACAUUUACAAGAAACAUCGCGUUCAGUAUGAAGUGCGUACACAUUUUCGUUAUAUGAAUUUUCACAAGUUGACUGGCUCCACAUUGGAUACAUUUCUGGAAUACAUUGAACGUAAUCUGCCCGAAGGAGUUGCAAUGCAAGUCGCAAAAACAGAGCUACAACAAAUACCAGAUCACUUGCGACAACCACCGGAACAAGUGUAGGAGCAGAGGUUUGAGCGGAAGAGAAGGGUUGUUCAAAAACCACAGUUUAGAUAAGAUGUUGUUGACAACGGGCAAUCGUUUUCAGAUUAGUCGCGUUAGCUAGCUAAAAUAAAAGAGUUAUUCUAAAGCUAA